ACGGUGUAAAAAAGAUCGUUGAAUGUUUUUCUCUGUCUGUGAUUAUCCGUUCCGAAUUUAGGCUUUUGUUGUAAAAAUACAACAACCGUUACAUUGUUUCACAUAUUUUGUAUAUACCGGCAUUAUCAUUCAUUCACACCAGAUAUUUCGGUGUUACUGUAACGCAGAUUAAAACCGCAAAACAAAUUCUCGUACAAUUAAAAGAUAAACGAAAAGAAAAUAUGGAGCUGUCUUUCAAUUUAGAAUGGAAACAUUUAAAUUUACAAGUAAAGAAAAGUGAAUUUGGUUUCUGGCAAUGCAGAAGACACGUUGAAGAGAAAACCAUUUUAAACAAUGUGAGUGGUAGUUUGAAAAGUGGUCAAUUGAUUGCAAUUUUGGGUGAAAGUGGAGCUGGAAAAACGACACUAUUGGCUGGCAUUUCAUAUCGUUUUCGUGGGCCGCUCAAUGGCCAACUCUUAUUAAAUGGCACACCAAUUGAUCGCGAAACAAUGACAAAAAUAUCAUGUUUCGUACCACAAUUUGAUAUAACCAUCGAUUCAUUGACACCAAAUGAACAUUUAUAUUUCAUGGCUGAAUUGAAAUUGGAUCGAAAAUGGUCACGUUCGCGCAAAAAUCAAAGAGUCGAGUUUUUACUUCGGGAACUGGGCCUGCAAGCUGUGGCCAAUAAUAAAAUCAACUCACUUUCGGGCGGUGAACGGAAAAAAUUGAAUUUGGCCACCGAUUUGCUUACAAACCCGCCGAUUAUUUACUGUGAUGAACCAACUACAGGUUUAGAUUCGUUUGGCGCACGAAAGGUGAUCGAAGCAUUAAAGUAUUUAUCAAGCACAAGCAGUGAUAUUUCAUCAUCGCUUCAACCAUCAAAUGACAUCGAAUUGAGUUUAAGCAAACAAAAGAUCGUUCGAAUGCCACCAAAAGCAGUGAUUUGUUCGAUACAUCAACCAACGUCGGAUAUUUUUCAAUGUUUUUCGGAAAUCAUUUUGAUGCAUGGCGGUCGAUGUGUUUUUCAAGGCACCACCCAGGAUGCAUUUGAUUAUUUUGCAAGAUUGGACUUUCAUUGCCCCGCGUCGUACAAUCCAGCCGAUUUUUUCAUCAAAGUUUUGUCACAGGCUGACGGACUAGAAGUCUUAGAUAACACAAUAAAUGAUAGUAACGAAGAAAUGCCACAAUUAACCGCCAACGACUUGGUUGUUGAUAAUUUUCUUUCAAACAAAACUCAAAAUCACAAUUCAUUGUGGAUAAUACAAGUUUGGAUAUUGCUUCUUCGAAAUACGAUUGAGGCAAAAAGAAAUUCGAAAAAAUUGUUCAUAGCUCUUGUUUGUUAUUUGAUACCUUUCGUUUUAAUGGGAUUGCUGUAUUCGAAUCUAACAGGCACGAUUCAAGAAGAUGUGCAAAAUGUUCAAGGUUUAAUUUUUACGGUGACUUGUGAAAUUUUAUUUUCGACCAUGUAUCGCAUUCUAAAUUUUUAUUUGGCGGGCACGCCAUUACUGCGACGCGAGACAAACGAGCGAUUUUAUAGUUUUUCUGCAUAUUAUGUUGCGAAAGUAUUUUGUGAUAUACCAUUUCUAAGUGUUCGUCCGCUCUUUGGUCUUAUUAUCACAUACAAUUUGGCUGGUUUUACGAAAGGAAUUCUAUUUUUUAUUGAAAUGUGGGUGACACUUAUAUUUCUGGCAUUCGCAUCAAAUGCAUAUGGUUUGAUGUUGGUUGGUGUAUUUCGAUCUGUCAUUCUUGAAGUUCCCACCGUAUUUAAUCUUAUCUUUUUGUCAAUGUCGGGUGCAUAUGCCAGUUUAAGUGAUUUUCCCAUUUUAAAAUAUUCAUCACUAAUCUAUUAUGCAUACGAAGCAAUAUCGAUAUCCUUUUGGUACGACAUCAAUGAAAUUGAAUGUUCGGAUCGAUUCGAAGGACUAUGUUUGAGAAAUGGAACCGAAGUGUUGAACAAUAUAUCAUUUAAUACUCGUUUGGAUGAUGUGGUUUGGGACCUGUUUGGAUUAAUCAUUUUGGGAGUGUUGAUGCAUAUAAUGGCUUUCAUCGGCAUUCGACGUUUCAUUCACAGUGCUGGCUAUUAUUAUCAGGAAAGCAACAAAAUGAACACAGACGUAGUUUUGGAAUGGCGAAAUCUUAAUUUAAUUGUUGAAAAAAAGGAAGUUAGCAUUUUAAAAUGUCGCGUCGCACACGAGGAGAAACGCAUCUUGGAGAAUGUGAGCGGUAGUUUGAAAAGUGGACAGCUGGUGGCGAUUCUUGGUUCAAGUGGCGCUGGUAAAACCACAUUGUUAGCUAGUAUAUCGCAAAGAUUUCGUGGUCCAUUAACUGGUCGCAUUUUGAUUAAUGGCACCGAAAUCGAUCGAAAAACAAUGACGCGGGUAUCAUGUUUUGUGCCACAAUUCGAUAUAACUAUCGAUACACUGACACCAAAUGAACAUUUAUACUUUAUGGCUGAAUUAAAAUUGGAUCGAUCGUGGUCACGAUCACGCAAAAAUCAACGCAUCGAUUUACUAUUGCGUGAAUUGGGCUUGCGACACAUUGCCAAUAAUCGAAUUUCAACACUGUCCGGAGGUGAACGAAAAAAAUUGAAUUUGGUCACCGAUUUGCUUACAAACCCGCUGAUUAUUUUCUGUGAUGAGCCAACAACCGGGCUAGAUAGCUUUAAUGCGCGAAAAGUUAUCGAAGCCCUAAAAUAUUUAUCAAAUAUAAACAGUGAUAUUAACGCACAUUCACCAACACAUGAAAACGAUAUUACAAAUGGAAAUGAAUAUGGCAUGGAAUUAGCAACAACCAUAAAUUUGAACAAUCAAAUGCCGGCAAAAGCAAUUUUAUGUUCGAUACAUCAACCAACAUCGCAAAUUUUUGAAUGUUUCUCACAUAUUAUUCUGAUGUAUGCGGGACGAUGUGUAUUUCACGGUACAACUGAAGAGGCUUUCAAUCAUUUUUCCAAAUUAGGCUUUAAUUGCCCAACCUCUUACAAUCCGGCCGAUUUUUAUUUGAAAGUGUUAUCAAGCCAAUCGCAAGAGGAAGAGAGCCAGUAUCGGUCAUUUUUCCAGAAACCAAUUGAAAUCCUUCGACGAUCCAGCAACUAUAAACAACCAAAUGUUGCAAACUUUGAACGCUUUAAUGUGACAGUCUACAAAAUCAAAAGUGCAUUUUGGCUCACCCAGGUUUGGUUGCUAAUGAAACGGUCUCUCUUGAAUACUCGAAGAAGUUAUCGUGAAAUUUUCAUCGAUAUGGCCUGGUAUUUGAUUCCAUAUGUUUUUAUGGCCGGAUUGUAUCAUGAUAGUACAGGACAUACACAGAAAUCAGUUCAAGAUGUCAAUGGAUGUUUAUUUAUUAUAACGUGUGAAUUAAUUUUCACCGUAUGCUAUUCAGUGAUGAAUUUUUAUCCAACACAAUACCCGAUACUUCGACGUGAAACAAAUGAACAUUUUUACAGUUUUUCAGCUUACUACAUUGCUGAAGUGUUUAAUGUGUUGCCAGUUUGUUUUUUGCGAUCAUUCGCUGGCAUUGCCAUAACAUAUACAUGGGCUGGUUUCAAUAAUGGAUUCGGGCUUUUUUUCCGAAUUGGUUUGACCCUUAUGAUUGCAUCAUUUACAUCAAAUGCAUACGGUUUGUUGGUAUCUGGCAUCUUCAAAACGGUCUCUACGGACUUGGCGUCGGUGUCUGACUUGAUAUUUUUGUGCUUUUCGGGUGUUUAUAUGAAUUUAAAUUCAAUACGCUUCCUUCGAUAUAUUUCACCGUUUUACUAUGCAAACGAAGCAUUGGCCAUUUCAUUCUGGAGCAAUGUCACACAUAUCGAAUGUCCGCAAAAAUAUGAUGGAAAUUGCUACAAAAAUGGCACCGAAGUAUUGCAAAAUUUAUCAUAUAACACGCAUCCAAAUGACUAUCUAUUCGAUUACAUGGGACUCUUUAUCCUCGGUUUAAUUAUGCAUUUGUUUGCAUUCUUAGGUAUACGACGAAAUAUCACCAGUGUCGGCUAUUUCUAAAUCGAUCAAUGAUUAUCAAAUAAAUGAAAAUUGUUUGUUGUUGUAAAUACGAUGAAGCUGCAAAAAUACAAUUGUUCAAAAUAUUCAAAA